CGAAUUUUUUUAAUAUGUAAACAGCAGAACUAAAUUCUAUUCUAUUAACACCAGUUUUCAUUUGGCUUCAUAUAUUUUUCUUUCGAAAAUAUGCAGUUUUGGCACUCAAACUAAAGGAUUGAAACACCAUUUCGCAAAAUUUUCUUAAAAAUAUGCUGUCUGCAUUAACUACUUGGCUGCCUCUUAAAUAAAUAAAUAAAAUUGGGCAAAAGAAUUAAUGCAAAAAAAAAAAAUAAAAAUAAUUAAAGUGCUAAUACAUUGGAGCAAAUGAGCAGUCGGCUAGCACUACAUUGGUGAGCAUUCAAAGCACACAAUCAGCUGGCCAGCCGAUCAAAUGUUGUGCUGAGCGCGCAAGUGCCAUCGCGGUAGCCAGUGUUCUCUCAACUCAACGCUCACUCGCAAAGCAUACGAUUUUUGGAACCAAUUGGCGCCGUCACAAAUUAACAGUCAGUAUCCAAGAGUCGGCCGGUGUGUCCACGCCGUUGAAACGCACGCUGUGGCAGUGCAGCUGGUUUAGUUUUAUUUUAUUUUAGUGCUUGGCUUCACCAGCACAACUUUUGCUGACCGUCUAUUUGAACAAAUUUCUGAGAAAAAGAUAGUAAGUAACUUACUAACUCAGCAGGGAAUGCCGUGAAGUGAUAUGUGCUGACACGUGGAACGAAAAAAUUUACUAAAACAAAAAAAGUAGAAAACCCGAAACGAAAUUUAUCUCAAUUCAAUUAAUUCUGCAAGCAUUUUGUAUUUGCAUAUCAGUUUUCAUAGCGUGGCAGUGCGAGGCUUAAGCAUUUGUGUAUAACAUUUUGGAAUAAGCAAAUUAAUAAAGUGACAGGAAACUGUGUUCCGGUGAAAACAACGCCCAGUCCCCCCCCGCCUGUGACCCCACCACAAAAAAAUGACAACAUCGGCAUUUAAAAAUCAGCGUAACAACGCAUCGCAUAGUGAUGCGGAAGCUGAUGGUCGCAUUGCUAAUGAAGCGAAUGCUGCAAAUCUUGAUCACACAAUAGAAAAAACGGAUUCCGAAGAAGACAGUUGGUCAUCCACCGGUUAUUAUUACAUCAAUCCAUUUGUGCACCGGUUGCAGAUUGACAAUAACGUCGAUUUGGCGAAGAUUUAUGUGCUAACAGCGCUUUUGUUGCCCUUUCGCGUAGUCGGCUGCGUUCUCUCCCUGCUAUCCGCGUGGAUGUUUGCCUGCAUCGGCCUGUACGGUCUGUCCAUUGAUGAUCUUAUGGCAAAACCAAUAAGCGGCUGGCGAAAACAAUUUCAGCGCGUCACGUCUGGUGCUAUGCGUUUGCUAUUCGCGUCUGGCACCUUUUACAACGUCAAGCUGACUGGCCAGCGUGCGUCACCUAAACAAGCGCCUAUUAUGGUGGUAGCCCCACACUCGUCGUAUGUCGAUUCGAUUAUUGUUGUAGCGACUGGACCGCCGUCGAUUGUGGCAAAGCGCGAAACAGCCGAUAUACCUCUCCUGGGCAAAAUCAUUAACUUUGCCCAACCCAUUUAUGUACAACGCGAGGAUCCGAAUUCGCGUCAGAAUACGAUAAGGCAGAUUGUGCAGCGCGCACACUCGGAAGAUGAAUGGCCACAGGUGGUAAUUUUUGCCGAGGGCACUUGCACCAAUCGCAAGGCAUUGAUUAAAUUCAAGCCUGGUGCUUUCUACCCAGGGGUGCCAGUGCAGCCGGUGCUGUUGAAGUACCCUAACAAAUAUGAUACAUUCACAUGGACGUGGGAUGGUCCGGGCGUUCUCAAGUUGUUGUGGUUUACAAUGGCACAAUUCUACAACCGUUGCGAAAUUGAAUUUUUGCCUGUCUACACGCCAUCGGAAGAAGAAAAAGUUGACGCGAAUUUAUAUGCGCAAAAUGUGCGCGAAGUUAUGGCCAAAGCGCUUGGUGUGCCAACAUCAGAAUAUUCAUAUGAAGAUGUGAUUACAAUGAGUCGUGCCAAAGAUAUGCGCGUACCCUUCCCCGGUGAUAUCAUCGAAAUCGAGAGGGUGCUUUACGGUUUGAGCUUCCUACCGGACUCCACACGUGACCAAGAGUUAGUCGCUGAUUUCCUUAGCUUAAACAAUACUGACCACUUAGACAUAUUCACCUUUGCUGAAUUGCUGCAAAUCGAUGUAAAAAAUACGUAUCUACACCAGCUUUUUGCACUUUUAGAUCACCACCACAACUACACGAUUAACUUGAAGAGUUUUCUCUUAUGCUCACAAUUUUGUAAAUUGAAAAAUGAAGAAAUCAUCGUAUUUCUGCGUGCUAUAACAAAUCUGUAUGCCGAGUCGUCGCAACGUAUUACCCGCCAAAGUUUCGCUCGCAUCCUGAGGCACACGGGAAAAAUGACGCCGGAAAAGUGUGAUGCAUUGUUUUUCGCAAUCGAUAACACGAAUAAAGGCUGCAUUGCGUUUGGUGACUUCGAGCACUACACCAAGGAUCAUCCACAGUACAAAUUUCUGUAUAAGAAACAGGAACACCUACGAAGAACGCAAGCGGGUGGCAACGUUAAGAAAACCAAUUAAAAAGUGGACAAAACACGAUGAAGAAAAAUUAAGCGCUUGUAUGCAAUUUGUGGGUGUAUGUGUGCGCGUGUGUGUGUGUGUGUGCCAGCUGUCGUGGUGUAUGCGGCAUUGAGAUGCAACUUGAAAUUGAUAAUGGAUUUUGGUAUUAGCAAAAUACGACAACGCAUGCAUAGGUAAAACAACAGUUAUAUUCAUUUAAUUUCGAUUGUUUAAAAACUUUAUGAAAACAACAACAGCAAAGUGACAAAGUAAAAAGUAAAGCAUUUCUAAUAAUUGUAAAAUUAUAACUUCAACAAAAAAUAAGACGUAGAAAAUGCAAAUUCAAUAUUUAUAACAAA